AUGCCACCCCGCAAGAGCGCCGCCUCCGUCGCCGCCGCAGAGGAAGAGAGUCCCGCGCCCAAGUCUGUCACAAGGGAAUCUAGAGACGAUGCCUUGAGCGUAGAGCGCUCAGGCAAGAAAACCGUCAUGCCCGAGAACGUCUUCACCGCCAUGCAGGAGCUCGAAUUCUCCUUCAUGUUGCCCCGCCUCGAGGCUGAAGUCACAAAGUUCACGUCGAUACAGGCGGACAAGCGUAAUACGUAUCGUAAGAAGGUGCGCGAGGAGAAGAAGGCGACCAAGGAGGAGGAGCCGAGCUCGAUGAUCUCCGGGGUAGCGGGCGGAGACGACGAGCCGGCGGCGAAGCGGGCGAAGUUGGAUGGGGAGGCCGAGGAUGAGGAGGACGAGGGCGACGUGGAUGAGACGGUGGAUGUGGAGGAUGAAGAGGUCGAGGAUGACGAGAUUGAGGAGGAGGGCGAGGAGACGCAGGAGGGUAUGACGGAGGAUCUGCUUGAGGAGAAGGAGGACAAGGAUGAGGAUGAUGAGAUGGGGGAUGGGGGAUGA